GGCGGCUCAGUAUCCGAGCAGAGAGGGAGUCAUUUCAUUGACGCUUGAGACAGCAAAGAAGUGAAGAUGGCCAAAGUCCCUGACCUCUUUCAAGACCUGAAGCACUGUUACAGUGAAAAUGAAGACUACAGUUCCGAAAUUGACCAUCUCUCUCUAAAUCAGAAAUCCUUCUAUGAUGCAAACUAUGACCCACUUCAUGAGGACUGCAGGGAUAAAUUUAAGUCUCUGAGUACCUCUGAAACCUCUGCCUCAUCCGAAAUUACCUUCAGUGAGAGUAUGGUGGUGGUGACAGCCAGUGGAAAGGUUCUGAAGAAGAGACGGUUGAGUUUAAAUCAGUUCAUCACCAACGAUGAACUGGAAGCCAUUGCCAGUGACACAGAAGAAGAAAUCAUCAAGCCAAGAUCGGCAUCUUACACCUUCCAGAACAACGUGAAAUACAACUUUAUGAGGGUCAUCAAGUCCCAAUUCAUCCUGAAUGAUGUCCUCAAUCAAAGCAUUGUUCGAGUCACAUGGGGUCCAUACCUCUCAGCGACUGCAUUACAAAACAUGGAAAAUGCAGUGAGAUUUGACAUGGGUGCUUAUACAUCAGAAGAUGAUUCUAAACUUCCUGUGACUCUAAGAAUCUCAAAAACCCAGCUAUUUUUGAGUGCUCAAAAUGAAGAUGAGCCCGUGCUGCUAAAGGAGAUGCCUGAGACACCCAAAACCAUCAAAGAGGAGAGCAACCUCCUCUUUUUCUGGGAGAGGUAUGGCAAGAAAGACUACUUCACAUCAGUGGCACAUCCUAAGCUGCUUCUUGCCACAAACGAAGGAAAACUGGUGCACAUGGCGAGGGGGCCACCAUCCAUCACUGACUUGGAGAUCAUGGAAAUGUAGCCUUGACCCCGCAGUCUACUUACUUGGGAAGUGUUGACAGUCUGUAUGUACCAUGUACAUGAAGGAGGCAAAUCCUUUCCUCUUAGUCACUGCUGAGCAUGUGCUCAGCCUUUGUAAUUCUAAAUGAAUGUUUACUCUCUUUGUAAGAGAGGGAACAAGGGCUAGGAACCAAUCCUAGCAAAUAAUGCUCGUCAUGUAAAGAACACCCUAUACUUAGCAAAGUUUCUGUUAUUUUAAUUAUUAUUCUUCAAAACAAUCUUGGGAGGACCAGAUCUACUGACUAGAGCCAAAAAGACUCUAGACAAAUUACAGAGGAGUUAACUGAGGCUUGAGGAAACUAAGAUAGGACCACAUUAACAACUGGAAUGUGGAGCUGAAGACCCAGGGUUUCAUUCCAACUGCUUACCUUCUUUUAAGUUGCUGAUGGACCUUUAAUCAAAUACUGGAAGUUUCUGCGACCUCAGUUUGAUCAUCUUCAAAAUGGAGGGAAUGAUAUUCAUAUCCCUCCUGCCUCAACAACUGUUCACACUAAUCACUGAGAUAAUUUUAGUAAAAUGCUUCUUGAAGCUGAGCCUCAAGAAGGCAAAGCACGAAAUGCUAUUUUAAGUUAUUAUUUAUAUAUAUAUGUAUGUAUUUAUAAACAUAUUUUUAAGAUAAUUAUAACAUAUUAUUAUAUUUAUUGUAAUUCCUUGCAAUCUCUGAGUGUGCCUGGACAUCCUCAACCAGAGCGGACAGGCUGAGUGAGUUAGAUUUAGUUACACUAAAGGCACUGUGGUCCAAGCUGUGCUUUUGUCCACAGCCCUGAAGCUGUAUUCCAAUAAUUAUAACAAAUUUCUAGUAAUACUAUGUUCAUUUGAGCUGACAAUUGGCCAAUCUCUCACUCCUCUGCUUUUAAAUUUGCUUUGUCAUUCUUGUGUCAUUCAAUUUCACCUGCCAUCGAGUCCUACUAGUUAAAAUGAGAUGAACUUAAUUUUGGCAACCAUGGGACAACUGUUAUCUAAACUUUCUUGUUUGGAAUGGAAGCAGUGUUCCUUCCAGGUUCUAAAAGUUGUAAUCAAACCACAGUGUCACAUUACUAUCAACAAUAAGGAUUGAGACAUUUAUUAUCAAUCAUAACUGAAUAAAACACACAAAAAAAUGAAUCUGA